GACAAACUAACAAUUUCCAAUAUGGCAUAGGCUGCCGAAAUGAUGUACUUAGUUUUAUUUUGUUCUUUGUUUUGUCACCCAAACCAUAUCAUACCCAUCGGUUUCAAUGUGGGCACGUGACUUUGUUAUUACUCCUCAGUGAUGUAGCAAUAACUAGCAAGCGACGGCACAAAAGGCUGUCACGUCGUAUUGAAAUAUGCGCGGGCAGAUGAAACGUCACCCUUAAAAGAGGACACCUGGGGUUUCACGCUCCAGAGCAUCUUAUGUGACAAACUGACACUGAACACCAAUGACAGUGAAGAGGAGAGUUGUCAUCGCUGCGAUACUGUUGCUGUUUACAUCCUCUGAUGGAAAGGCGUUGAAGUCCGGGGGAGACGCACCUCGGUCGCUCUGUUUCACUGGGAUGAAGGAGAAGGUGGUUACCCUGACUGAAGCCCAUCUGAAUAGUUCUGGUCCUACCAGUGUACAGGUCCAUGCCGGACAAAGUCUCAACAUCACCAUGCAGAGGCUUCCAGGACAAGCUGUAUGCAACUGGAGCUUCGGGGCCAGCCAAAUCAGCGAGGGCUAUUCCUUGACCAUACCAUGGACGUCUGAGCGGGAUUCUGGGCAGUACACCCUCAGCUGUGCGAGAAACUACAGCAGCAAUUCCUCUCUGACCCUGAUUUUACUGGUUGGAUCUCCCCUAAGAAGUCCCUCAAGGCCACAGCUGAAUUUAGUCAAUGGAGGAGAGGGCUAUGUACCCGUCUUCCGUUGUUCUUCGGAAGGAAACCCACAGCCGAUUAUCAAGUGGUACAACAACCUGGACCGGACCGGAGUGGUUAGCUAUGGCGACGGGAUGUUGAACAGUGACGGCCCAGGGAGAGUGAAGAGCUCCCGGAGCAGUAAACAUUAUGUCGGGACAACUGUGAUGUGCUGCGCGGAGAACUCUGUAGGAGUGGAAUGUUCUCAUCUUUAUGACUAUGACUUGGAUACUGGCGUUCAAGGGGCUGAGGAAGCUCCGGAGAUCUUUGUGAGCCCAGGACAGACCCUGCUGCUCCGAUGUAAAACCAAGCAACAACACCCAAAACCAGAGUGGCAGAAUGUAACCCAGACACAGGUCACAACAGCGGUGAAUUAUCUAGGAAAGCGCAUGUCCUACCUGUCCAUUCAGCCGCUGACCGCCAGGCAUAGUGGAGUCUACACCUGCCGGAGUGGCAAGGAUAUCAAAUCCACCCGCAUACAGGUCCUGGAGAAAGGCUUUAUUUCCGUCGACCACCUGAGUGAAAGUGUUACCAUCUCAGCCCACAAGAAGGCCGAGUUCUGUCUGAGGCUAGCAGUCUUCUCACACCCUCCCCUGCGAUGCUGCUAUUGGCUAGGUCCAAACAACAGUCUGACCAGGUGCCCUGAGCCCACGCGGUCUUGGAAGAAUAGGAGUCUGGAAUUGUGUAAUCCUGUCGGAGGGAUGUACAAAUUACACCUGGAGAACGAGGAACAGAACCUAACAAAGAACAUAUCCCUUUGUGUUACAGAUAGACCCACCUUAAAUCUCAUUGAAUUCGGGGGCCACAUCACCUGUAUGACCGACACCCCUCUCCCUUUCAGCCUCACCUGGUGGUCCUGUACCCAGUCCAGCAGUCCCUCAAAUUGUUCAGACUGGAAGGAGCUCUCUUCUAAUCCCCCGGAGGUGAAUGACUCAGACAUGUUCUGCCAUAAGAAGGUCCGCAGCUCCCGGCACAUGGACGUUGAUGGGGACGUACUGGUCAAGUGCUGCAUCAAGAACUCUGCCUACUCAGAGUGUAGCGGGCCACUACACCGCGGAGCCUCAUUGGCCGUCUUCAGGCCGCCUGAUCAUUCCCUGAGUGGGUCCAGUUCUGGUCUUCUGCUGGCUUUGGUGCUGGUCAGCAUGGCGUUCGUCUUCGUGUGCGUCAGGAAGAAGAAACCCCAGUACCAAAGCCAGCUGCAGAUGAUUCAGAUGACUGGGCCUAACGACAACGAUUACAUCUACAUCAACUUCAAGGACUUCAGUUAUGACCAGAAAUGGGAGUUCCCCAGGGAAAACCUGGAGUUGGGAAGGGAACUGGGCUCUGGGGCCUUUGGCAUGGUGGUUCAGGCUACGGCCUACGGCAUAAGCAAGCCUGGGUUCUCCCAGCAGGUGGCCGUCAAGAUGCUGAAAGAGAAGCACGAGACCGUGGAAAAGGAGGCUCUGAUGUCCGAACUGAAGAUGCUGACUCACAUCGGACAGCACGCCAACAUCGUCAACCUGCUCGGGGCCUGCACCAACUCAGGGCCCACCUACCUGAUCUUCCAGUACUGCAGCAAAGGGGACCUCCUGAACUACCUGAAGAACAACAGAGGCCUCUACCAGAAGUCUCUGACCGAGGCCGCCGCCAGGUACCGCUUCAACUGCCUCUACCGCAGGCUGCCCAGGAGGAGCAACAGUGAGCUCCUGGAGCCAGUGGACCAUGAAUACGUGCCCAUGUCCCCCAGCACCUCUAUGGGGCCGGAGAGCAUCGGUCUACUCAGCCUCAACUCCUCCUGUGUGGAUGCCUUCGAUAGUCAGAGUCAAGGGAUGUCUGAGGACCAGAAGGAGCAGAAUGAAGAGGAGGAGUCAGAGCAUCUGGCCCUGACCUACAACGACCUGCUCAGCUUCUCCUACCAGGUGGCAAAUGGCAUGGAGUUCCUGUCCUCUAUGCAAUGUAUCCAUCGAGACCUUGCAGCCAGGAAUGUGCUGGUAACUCAGGGGGGACUUGUGAAGAUUGGAGACUUUGGACUGGCCCGGGACAUUGACAAUGACUCCAACUAUGUAGUCAAGGGAAAUGUGCGCCUGCCAGUAAAGUGGAUGGCCCCAGAAAGCAUCUUCCAGGGGAUAUACACCAUGCAGAGUGAUGUCUGGGCCUACGGAAUUCUGCUGUGGGAGAUCUUCUCACUGGGUGUAACGCCCUACCCAGGGAUAAAGGUGGACAAAGACUUCUACAUGAAGAUAGAGAGAGGCUAUAAGAUGGAGCAGCCCUACUACGCCAGUGAACCUCUGUAUAAGAUGAUGUGUGAGUGCUGGGCUAUGCGACCAGGGGAUCGUCCUGCCUUCCCCAAUCUGGUGGCCUUCAUGGACAAAGAGCUGACAUACAUGGAGGAGAAGCUCUACUGCAACAUCCUGGACAAGAGCUCGAAUAACUCGCUGUACCAGAAUGCACCGAUGGACAGUGACCUGUCAGCCUUGGCCGAAUUAAAGUGUCUCCAGAAACAGAACCAGUACUCUGAAACCCGUUCCACCAGAGAGGCCUCAGGAACCACAGAACCAUCUGACACGGCUGCCAUGGAGACAGAUGGCGAUGAGAGGCCUUUGAAACCAUGUCAGUGAGUCCAGAUAACUAAAUUCAAACGGAUCUCACAGUUUGCCUACCAGCCAUCUAUAUAACAGCAGUCUAUGUGUGUGUAUUGCUACAUAUUGAUUUACAAACUGUUUCAAAAACUAUUUCUUUGUAGCAAAUUCCCUCUCCUGUGCAAUAUAUAUAGUGAUAUUUUACACAUACAAAAUAGCAAUGAAUGUAACAUUUAAUGUUUAACAGGGUAUGGUAUGUUGGGCUGACAUAACCUGUUUUUCUUUAACUUUGUGAAACUAACAAAAUGUUAAUAUUUUUGCUUUUGGAGAAUAAAUAUUUUUUCAUUCAGAGAGUUCAGAGUUCUGAGAGUAGUCUGUCAGUGUUUUUCUGUGUAAAGCUGUAGUCUGUCAGUGUUUUUCUGUGUAAAGCUGUAGUCUGUCAGUGUUUUUCUGUGUAAAGCUGUAGUCUGUCAGUGUUUUUCUGUGUAAACACAUUCUUUUUAAAUUAACUAUAAUCCAAUAACUGAGUU